GCACCAGUUCACUAAGCGGAGACAUGUAUGAUGUGGACGCCCUGUGUGAAGCCAGCGAGUUCAACAUCUCCACCAGCGACACGUACACCUGCCUUUCGGCCCGAUGCUCGGAGAGACCGUGCGGCUCGUGUCAAACCUGCAACCUGGAUAGGAAGCUGGUCUACACCAAGGAGUGGUUCAUCCGCGCCGGUGACCUGUCCAAGCAGCAUUUUUUAAAGGGGCUGAUCCGGAGGAUCGGCAGCAAGGACCUACUGCGGCAGGUGGACAGGCUCCUGGAGCCGGCCUUUGGCAAGGACUUCACCCACGCUCGCUCGUCUGCCAACCCCAGCCUCCCCGAGGACCUGCCCACGAACGGCUCGGACCGCAGCUUGAACAAGGCGGCUCUGCACCAGUAUAUCGUGCAGACGUGGGUAUGGUUUGCAAAAAGCACAUAUUGGACAAAAGCGAACUACGUGCUGGGAGUACUCCAACUGUGUGAUGCCAAGCUGCUUUUCCUCCUUGCUAACCUGAUCCGCGCACUUAUACUCAGCGAGCAGGCGCACGAAUGCCCUCCAAGGAAAGAUCAGCGUAUUGAGGCCAUUGCAACACGGGACAACUUAAAUUACAGAUUUAAAAUAGAUGAACACCCAGAGCUCCAGAAGCUGAUUGAUAUUUGGCCUGAAUUUACAGUUGUGACUCCUGAUAUAAUGCCCUCCAGCCUUUUCACUGAAACCACGCCAGUUGAUCGUAAACGACGGGUAAAGAGUGGAUCGAGAAAGAAGAAAAAGUUACAGUAUGUACGCGAAGAUGAUCUCAGUAAAAUCGAACCCCUGAUUCCGAUUACUGUAACAAAUUCUUUCCAGGCAACUUCGGGGGUCAGUAAUUAUAAGGACUUCCUCCGCUGUCUACCGAUACACCUGGCAAAAUACAUACUUGGUUUUCUAGACGAUGCAAGUCUCCAAAGUUGCUUGUUCGUAUCACAACAUUGGCAGUAUUUGGCAAAGGAGGUGACUAGGGACAUGUUGGCCCUGCAGUGCAUUUUUGACGAAGUCUUAAAGUUGCAGGUUGUGGUAGAUCUACCAGACCCAGCUGGCAAUGUAAAUAGGCCAGUUUUGGUGAAGGAAAUAGUACCUCAGAAUAUAAAUGUUGAGUAUGCAAAAAUGUGCCAAAUUCCAGUACCAAGAGUAGAUGAACAUGGAUUCACUUUACCAACAAAGACAUUUGAUAAAAAGGUUGGAUUAGGAGUCGCAUAUACUGAUAUCCACACUGAGUUGAUACAAAUGGAGGAGAGAAAUAUCUACUGUGGUCCUUAUAAUAUAAAAAUCAUCAAACAGCUGGUGGAUCCCAGCAGGGUAAUCCACUACUGUGGUGGACAGCUGAUAGCCUAUGGUUCAUCAGACAGGAAAAUAAGAUUUUUGGAUAUCGGUCAUUCCACGGACAUCAAACGUGUGAUACAAGGGCACGCUGGAAGCAUCAAGGCACUCGUUCUAAGCGAGGACCAAAACUUUGUUAUUAGCGGAAGCUUUGACCUCAGUAUCAGACGGUGGAACCUGACCACGGGCUAUUGUAUGACCAUCUACCGUGGCCACAUGGGAGUUAUUACCUCUCUUGUUAUGUACAAGGACAAGCUUGCAUCAGGGGCAAUGGAUUGUCUGACCAAAGUUUUGGAUAGUGUCCCAAUGGUAGUGUUUGAUUGCAGUUCCAACAUUUUUUAUAGACAGUUUUGCAUUCACUGUUUUGUUGAACCACCAGUUUGGGACGUAGAAAACGGAAAAUGUAUCACCACCCUCAAGCAUGAGAAACCAAUUCGCUCUGUGGUAAUGAGCGAGAAGACUGUGAUAUGCGGAUGUGAGGGUGGAGUUGUCCACGUGUGGACCCUAGAACCUACUUCAUUGGUCAAGGUCCUGUCUGGUCACCAAGGUCCUGUCAGAUGUUUGUCUUUCGACCAGUGGCACUUGGUCAGUGGAAGUGAGGAUGCAAAUGUGAAAGCCUGGAGCAUGAUUGGAAAAUUUAAUAUAUGUUUAAAGACAUUCAAACAUCCAAGGGCGGUGCUUUGUGUGCAUCUGCUUUACCUUCGGGUGCUCAGCGGAUGCAGCGAUGGGAAGAUCAGAAUUUUCGACCUCUGCCGUGGCACCUGUCUGAAGGUGAUGAGAGCGAGCGGACGAGGGGAACCUGUACUUUCUUUCUACUUCUCUGAGAAGAGCAUGAUCAUUAACACCGUCGGCAGUGUGGUAGCAUUUCACUACGAGGACGUCACCUGGGAUUACACAGCACCAUCAGCGGUCAUUGAAGGCCCAGUGGAAGAAGACCUAUUUAAAAUGGCACCACUGAGGAAGCAGCCCUACAGUUAUGUACGUGCUCAACGUAUGAGAAGAAUUGGUUCGACAAAUGAAAAGAUCUAUCAUAGAGAGGACAUCACAUCAGGACUGUCCCACCAUGCACCUAUAAUGUCAGCCAGAUGCAUGCUACAGGCACAAAGUAAGUUCUUCAAUGGUUUGCGAAGAACUGCAGAUGCUGGUCUGAAGGUAUCUGCGGGUAUUCGGCUUGUCCCAGGGGAGGAAGUCAUCGACUUCUGUUGAUGUCGUCAAUCAGA